AGAGUCCUUUCCCUGGAAUUUCCCAGGUUCUUCAAAGUAUAUAUAGGGACUGGGAGAGUGACUCCAGCUUCUUCAGAAGGUUCGCACCAGAGUGAGAGGAGCAUCCAGGCUCAGGGAGGGAACUUUGAGGAGAACAUGGAGAUCUCUACCUCCUGGGCACUGCUUCUGGUCUUGGGCACCCUCUCCGCAUGUGGGGCCCGCCCCAGAGGUCGUAUUCUGGGGGGGCAGGAUGCUCCCGCGCACCAGAGACCCUACAUGGCAUCACUGCAGAUGGAUGGGGAACACGUUUGCGGGGGCUUCUUGAUUGCAGAUCAGUGGGUCCUGAGUGCUGCCCAUUGCUUGGAGGAUGGGGGCAACGGGACUUGGGGGGUUCUCUUGGGGGCCCAUUCACUCUCGGCAGCUGAACCCAGCAAGCGUCUGUAUGGAGUCCGCCUCCUCAUCCCCCACCCUGGCAGCAGCCCAGAGACCAACCAUGAUGACCUCUUGCUUGUCCAGCUUCAAGAGCCAGCGGUCCUCAGUGAGGAUGUGAAGGUUUUGGCUUUCCAGAGCGUAGACAGAGAAGUCCCGGCGGGGACCCGAUGCGAGGUAGCUGGUUGGGGCUUCAUCAAGAACACAGGGAAGCUCCCUGAUAGGCUGCAGCACGUGGAGUUGCCCAUCAUCAGUCGAAGUGAAUGCAAUCGCCGGAUCUAUUACGGUGGCAGCAUUACGGAGAAAAUGAUGUGUGCUGAAUCAAAGCAGAAAGAUUCCUGCAAGGGAGAUUCCGGCGGGCCCUUAAUCUGUGCUGGCAUUGCCGAGGGGGUGGUUGCCACCGGCUCCCGCAGAUGCGGCAACCCGAGAAAGCCUGGAAUUUAUACCCGGAUUCCUCCUUACGUCGAAUGGAUCAGCAGCGUCCUCAGCUCUGCCAAUUAGCGGACAGGAGGCGGAGGCCACGUCUGCAAAAAUGGAGGCCUGGCCGUUGCUCACUGCCACGAAUGUAAGCUGCAAAGGGCAGUGACAGGAUGUUGCAAGAUUUAGUCCCCCGUCCGGAAAGGAAACAACUUUGGACAAGAGUUCGCAAACAUGAGCCCCCCAGAUGUUGUCAGACUACAACUCCAAUCGCCCCCAGCUGCGUGGCUGUGGAUGAUGGGGGUUGUAGUCCGACAUCUGGGGACCCACGUUUGAGAACCCAACUUUCCAUAGUAGGAAAGACAAAGUCCAGGAUGCUUGCUUCUUUAGCGACUUGUACAGGAAAUUGCUAUUUUUAUGAAGCUUCCUUUAAGUGACCAUAAACCAAGCAGAAGCGCUCUCACCCCUGGACUUCGGGGUUGAAGUCCAGGGCCUCCACAGCCCCUGGGGGGCCCCCAAAUUCUUUUUAAUCUGUCCUGGGUGGAGUGGUCAACCCACGGAGCAUGAUGAUGCUUAAUUUGCAGGUGGGAGGGUGGGGGGCUAAAAAGGCCUUUAAGUCCAGGCUCCAAAAUUACCUCCGUGCACCUCUGAAACCAAGGAGGCUUUUUUGGGAGGCUUUUUUUGGAGGAGGCUCCCCCCCCCCUUUUUUUUGAGAGCUCUGAAGUUGGGUAGGCAAGAUGUUAGCCACACAGUUCAUAUAGACGUGAAAGUUUUUACUAACAAGCAUGAAUAGCUCACUUCUACUUCCCAGCUUCUCCCACUCCCAGCCCAGUAUCAACCUUGCUUCACACUCCAAACAGUAUCUGGGGAGGGUCCCUUUCCCUCACAAAGCCAUAUCCAACCUGUAAAUUAAAAAUAUACUUUUAAAAAGAAAGGUGCAUUACCUCGUGUCUAGUCUAGUGGUCAUUUAAAAGGGGCAUUGGAGCUCCGGAUUUGCCAGAAACCUAGAGUCCGAUUUGUGGAGUGCUGGCUUCAAGUGUGGGAGCGGAGAACUUUGCACAAGCACAGAGGCACACUCUCCCCCCUUGAAGAUUGCUCCACAACUUCUGGGACGGAGCCAACAGGAUCAGGGAACCCAGAUUCUGGUUCAAACUUCUUGUGAUCGCUGAAUGGAAACUCCAUGUUCAAGGGCAGUCUACCUCUGAAUGCUAGAAGCAGGGGGCAGGCUUCCUGCCCUGCUGGCGAGUUUCCCAUUGGGCUGUCCCCUGUCGGAAAGAGGAUGCUUUGGACUGAGCCAGUAAGAGUUUUCUCGUGUUCCUAAGCCUUAAUUCUAAGUAGGUUUAGGGUGCAGUUGCUGAAUGUUGAGGGGAAAGUGCUCUGUGUAUGCUCAGAGGCCCCUUUAGCUGAUGAUGCCAUAUCUGUUCGAAGAAGGGAUGUGGGAGGAGAUGGGGCUAGGUGGGUGGGGCCAAGGGAUGGGGGUGGUCCCAACAGGACCUGAAAGGCAUGUCUGCCUGUUUUUAUUUGGGCAGUCUUAUACAAAUUAUGUCAACGUGGAGCUGGGUGAGGAAGGGAGGGUAACAAAACCACUGUCAAAAUGUUAUCUCCUUGGAGAUCUGAGCUGCCCGUGACCUACUUCAGUCUCUUUCUUUUUUAAGAACACAUUUUCCUAAAGGUAACUGAGAACAGCAGGGGAUCUGCUGUGGAGAUGGAGACAUUAAAGCUAAUGACGCCAAUUAGCCCUGCUUUCCCUUCCCAGCUUGAUGCCACUUUAAUGGCCCGGCUGUAUCCGCCAUGCCAUACAAGGCAGCAGCUACUGAGCUAGAGAGAGAGAGAGAGAGAGAGAAGAGAGAGAGAGAGAGAGAUGACUUCUGUACCGGACGCCCUGACAUUUUCUAAACCCUGCACUUGCCAAUUAAAGCUGACCUAUAACCACUCAAGAGUACAAGAUAAUUAGGAAGAGCUGCAGAGAGGAGGGCAUGUUGUAUUGGUGAGUCUUGGGUAAUCUUGCUCCUGAUUCUUCAACAUAAAAAUUUCUGCCCCUAUGCCAAGACAUUCACAGAUUGUAAACCUCCCAUGGCCAGGCCACUAAAAAGGAGUUGGCCACUUUAGCUAGAGAAGCAAGCCCCACAGAAAGUUGGGGGUAAACCGUUGAUUCCCCACCCCCCUUCUCUUCCUUGAGUGGCCUGGAAGAUCACUUCGCUCCUCGCCGGUGGCCUUUUGCAGAUUCCUGAACCUUAGCAGAUAUCCACAUGUGGCCUUAGGAUUCGGAGCAUCCUAGAUUAAGUUUGAUUCUAGUACACACACGGCCACGAUGCCACGCAGGAUGCUUUCAUGGUGUUUGUGGGAAUUGCUGUGCUUGCUUGGCCAAACUGAAGCCCUUUUGUUAGCCUGAUGCUAGAGCUAUUUGAUCAAGCAACGCCUUUGCCAGAAAACAAGACACCAGCUUAGCAGGCAGGCAAUAGCUAAGCUUGGGGGUUUGGCUUGAAAUAGAUUUUGGGGAAAGGUCCAUGGAGAUUUGAACAACACUUUAUCAGCUAUUGGUGGCAGCUGUGCUUUGCAAGACCCUGUCUAGAAACAUUCUGAUCAUGCAGGCUAAAUACGGUUUGUCACCAUAACUUCCUUGUUGUGUUAAUAUAUACGUGCAAAUGUCCAGCUAACCUGAUUGAAAUGUUUAAGCAACUCGAGACAAUUGCGUAGUUGUCCUCUUUUGACAAGAUAAGAGUGUGUUCUGUGCUUUGCCAGUGGUCUUUGGGGAGGGUCUGGUUAGGUUUGUAACCUACACGGGCUCUCUCUGACCCAUUUUUCACUGAAACUGCCUUGCUAUCAAUAAAAGCAAUUACUUGGAUUAUCAAA